CCCCUCUUUGCCUCCCCCACUCACUCUCUGGUUCUCUGUGAGCAAGGUCCAGCAAUGGAGAUGUUCUACUACUUGUUGUUCGGUGGGCUCGCCGUGGUGGUGGCUCUGCUGGAGCUAAGCAAGACAGGCAAGGACCGGGUCGCCACCUCCUCCGCCUUCAACUCCUUCAAAAACAACUACCUCGUUGUCUACUCCCUCAUGAUGGCUGGGGACUGGUUGCAGGGUCCCUAUGUCUACUUCCUCUAUAGUCAGUACGGUUUUGGGAAGGGAGAUAUAGGGCGCCUCUUUAUUGCUGGUUUUGGAUCUUCCAUGGUGUUUGGAACUAUUGUUGGAUCUCUGGCUGAUAAACAGGGCCGGAAGAAGGCUUGUGUCACAUAUUGCAUUACUUACAUUCUGAGUUGUAUCACUAAGCAUUCUCCGGAGUAUAAGGUGUUGAUGGUGGGACGUAUUCUGGGAGGAAUUGCUACCUCCCUCUUGUUCUCAGCCUUUGAAUCUUGGCUUGUUGCUGAACACAAUAAGAGAGGUUUUGAACCGCAAUGGCUGUCCUUGACUUUCUCCAAGGCUAUAUUUCUUGGCAAUGGCCUGGUUGCUAUUGUGGCUGGGUUAUUUGCCAAUUUACUGGCUGAUAACUUGGGCUUUGGUCCUGUGGCCCCUUUUGAUGCAGCUGCGUGCUUGCUUGCAAUUGGCAUGGCAGUCAUUUUGUCGACGUGGGGUGAGAAUUAUGGAGACCCUUCUGAAAGCAAGGACUUGCUUGCGCAGUUUAAAGUUGCUGCAAUGGCCAUUGCUUCUGAUGAGAAGAUUGCUUUACUUGGAGCCAUACAAUCACUGUUUGAGGGGUCUAUGUACACCUUUGUGUUUCUCUGGACUCCUGCUUUGAGUCCAAAUGAGGAGGACAUUCCUCAUGGUUUCAUUUUUGCUACAUUUAUGUUGUCUUCUAUGUUAGGGAGCUCCAUUGCAUCACGACUGAUGGCUCGUCCCAUACUUAAAGUAGAGAGUUACAUGCAAAUUGUUUUUACAAUCUCGGCCUUUACUCUCCUCCUCCCGGUUAUCACAAAUUUCUUAGUAUCUCCUUCGACUGUAAAAGGUGGGAGCAUCUCCUUUGGGGGCUGUCUCCAGCUCUUUGGCUUCUGUACCUUUGAGGCAUGUGUUGGUAUCUUUUGGCCGUCCAUUAUGAAGAUGAGGUCUCAAUAUAUUCCCGAGGAGGCAAGGAGCACAAUUAUGAAUUUCUUCCGCAUUCCUCUCAACAUAUUUGUGUGCAUUGUGCUUUACAAUGUGAAUGCUUUCCCCAUGACUGUGAUGUUCGGCAUGUGCUCAAUAUUCUUGUUUGUAGCUGCAUUUCUACAAAGACGGCUGAUGGUGGUUGCUGAUAGCCACAGAGCAAAGACGCAAGACUGGGCACAGAAGGAGAGGGAUGUCGAGACCGAACCACUGAAUGACCAUUGAGCAAGGAACAUUUGAUGAUUGAAAAUCUCAGACAAAUUUAAAUUAUUUUUCACAUUCUGUUCGCCGCCGUGAUGACCGAUAGUAUUUUUCACUGGAGCUUAAAGAAUUCGUGAGUGUUUGUCUGCGCAAAACCUGAAAUCUGCCCCAAUUCUUUGUCUAACUACUUCAGGAGAUACUUGUGUGCAUGUAUACCAAUAUCUCUUCUUUGAGUUUUACCUUAUUCACAUCUGUUUUACUAUAUUCUCUUUCUAUGGACAUCAAUGGAAACAUUAGUUUCCUGACAUCAAAGUAUGUAAUUUUUUAAUUCAACCUUGAAAGUCUGGAUUACAUAUAUUUCCAUAAUAGUCACCGUUUCUUCA